AUCGGCCCGGGGACCCUCUGCUGUGGCCGCCGCCACCUCGCCCGCUCCGUGCCUCCUUCUCGCCUGGUACCUGCCGGUGAGCGCCGCCGGCUCGCCUCGCCGUGAAGUCUGGGCGCCCCGCAGCCCUCGCUGCUGCUCCCCAUGGGGAUCCGGGAGUUCCCCAACGGCUCCGCGCGGGGCAAAGCAGCCACCCUCGGCAUGCGGCGCUCCCCCGAUGUCAGCCCGCGGCGGCUGUCCGACAUCAGCCCGCAGCUGCGGCAGCUCAAGUACCUGGUGGUGGACGAGGCCAUCAAAGAGGACUUGAAGUGGUCCCGCUCCGUGGAGGACCUCACCAGCGCUUCCGUGGGGCUCACCUCCAUCGAGGAGAGGAUCCUCCGCAUCACCGGCUACUACGGCUACCAGCCCUGGGCCGCCAGCUACAAACGGGAUGAGCGCUCCCGGGAGUCCCCAGCCCCAGCUGAAGCACAGAUGCAAGCCGGGGCGGAAGGAGGUGGAAGGGUGAGCCGCUGUUGCUGGAAAUGCUCCGUGACGCAACUCAAGAAAAUUUUCUGGGGUGUGGCCGUGGUCCUGGGUGUCUGCUCCUCAUGGUCGGGCUCAACCCAGCUAGCAAAACUGACCUUUAAGAAAUUUGAUGCGCCCUUCACUCUAACGUGGUUUGCAACAAACUGGAACUUUUUAUUCUUUCCUUUGUAUUAUCUUGGACAUGUUUUUAAGUCAGCUGAAAAGCAGUCUCCGAAGCAGAGGUACAGGGAGUGCUGCCGGUUUUUUGGAGACAACGGGUUGACUUUGAAGGUGUUUUUUACCAAGGCAGCACCCUUUGGUGUUCUCUGGACACUCACAAACUACCUUUACUUACAUGCAAUAAAGAAAAUAAACACUACGGACGUCUCCGUGCUGUUCUGCUGCAACAAAGCAUUUGUGUUCUUGCUCUCAUGGAUCGUUCUGCGGGACAGGUUCAUGGGAGUGAGGAUCGUGGCUGCUAUAUUUGCUAUUGCAGGGAUAGUGAUGAUGACGUACGCUGAUGGGUUUCACAGCCACUCUGUUAUUGGGAUAGCCCUGGUGGUGGGCUCUGCCUCAAUGUCUGCUCUCUACAAGGUUUUAUUCAAACUUCUGCUGGGCAGUGCAAAAUUUGGAGAGGCUGCCUUAUUCCUGUCUGUGUUGGCCGUCUUCAAUGUCCUCUUCGUUACCUGUAUUCCUGUCAUCCUUUAUUUUACCAAAGUGGAAUACUGGAGCUCUUUUGACAUCGUUCCUUGGGGAAAUCUCUGCGGAUUUUCAAUUCUCUUAUUGACAUUCAAUAUCCUACUGAAUUUCGGAAUUGCUAUCACGUACCCCACCUUGAUUUCUCUUGGAAUUGUACUGAGCGUCCCAGUCAACGCGGUUGUUGAUCACUACACGAGUGAAAUUGUCUUCAACAGUGUCCGAGUCAUCGCCAUCGUCAUUAUCGGCCUGGGCUUCCUCCUGUUGCUCUUGCCAGAGGAGUGGGACGUCUGGGUAAUAAAGCUCCUCACGCGUCUCAAAGUCCGAAAGAAGGAAGAGCUUCCCGAAGGGAACGGAGACGUCACUUCAGGACUGCCCAACAAAAGCCGGAGAACUCGCCCCUCCAUGUCAUCCUUUGCUCAUUAAAGGCUCUUUUUACCAAAACUUUGUGGUUACCUUACACACGAUGACGCAAAGGUCUUUUCUUGGGAAGAAGCACACCUGACCACCACGGUGUACAUACCUGUACAGUUUUGAUAUGAUCACCAUCUAAGGCAUCGAGUCUUGGCAUGUCCAGUUUGCUUGUACCUUUUUCACAUCAGACCUUUCACUUAAGUAGUACACUGAAAAAAGAACUGCAAACCAAGAACCUCUCUUCUCUUUUUAAAUGAAUGUAACAUAUAGUCAAAAUAUAUUUGCAUAGGUUAUUUUAAAGAAUGGUUUUCAUGAGAAGCGGGGCAGACAUUCUGAGCGUUAGGUACCGAAUGAUGCAUUGCACACUGUGAUUUAAAAGAAACUAAUGCUAUGCUACAUCACGUGUUUAUUUUUGACCAGAGCUAUACUCUGAAAGUUUUAAUGGAACCAAAAGGGAAUCUUUUGGGGGACAGGAAGAUGGGGGGGAGAGUAGAAGGAAGGGAAGUUGGGAAUGACUCUGUGUAGCUGAGCGCGUGCUGUGCUGGAACCGGAAGAAAAUUCAAGUACUAAAAGCACUUGCACUAAAGUACUAGCAGGAUAGCAGUCCAGAGCCCAAACCUCCUUGUACUGCAUAUGGAUGUAGUUCAUGUUUAGAAUCAUGCAAGAGAAAUCCAGUGCCUUCUACAGAACUCUUGUCUUUAUCCACGGAGAACCAGGCUCUGCUGUGAGUGGCGAUAAUGCGGGCUUAGGCUUGCAGCCCUAGGCAGCCCAAGGUCUCACUGACACCAAGACAUGCCCAGGUUCUGGGGGCUGCAAGCUGGCACACAGGGGGCCUGGUGCUCGUCUCGCUUGCACAGGUUUUACCCCUGUGUGGAGCUGCACUUGAUUAACAUUAGUGUGAGGAAGGGAAGUCUUGGUCACGUGUGGAAAAAUCAGACUGAAAAUGAACAACAGAGCAGACAAGAGCGUGGUUGCUGAUGUAUGGUCUGAGAACACGGACUAAGGGGUGAAUCACCAGUUGCUUUACUCCAUAAUUGUGAGUGUUAAGAGUUAAAAAUGUAAUAUAUUUACAUCAAAUGUAACACUUUUUAUGAAACUUGUAAGCACCAGGAUGUUUACUUAUGCGAUUUUGGUUCGCCAUUAAAUUUCUAUCUGUGAUAGAUCACCUGCUAUGUAAAAAAAGGGGGAAAAAAGGUUAUAGUUUACUAUUUUUGAAGUUUACAUUGUUGCAUACAAAAUAAAAAGUGUUCUUUUGAACUGCUGCCAUAGCCUAAGGGUCCCUGCUGCCACUGAGGCCCUCUUUGUCUCGGGCAGGGGUGGCAUCCACUUCAAAACAUUUUAGCAAUUCAACUUCGAAUUCCAUUAUCUGUUUGGCAAAGCUAAAUAAUAAAAGAUUUUAAACUCGG